CAGAUUCCCGAUCCCGUACCCAUGGCGCGCUGGUAGGCAGCCAAGCUGGGCGGCGCGCAGGGAAGCGCGCGCGCCGGGAUGGCCGCGGGCGCGAGGGCGGCGCUGCGGGCACUGCUGGCGCUUCUCUGCUGCGGCGCGCCGUGCGCGGUCGGCGGCGUCGCGCUGCGGCCCCGCGCAGGCCCUGGCGACGUCAAGGUGCCGCGGGUGCGCCUCCCCGGUGGCGGAGGGGCGAUGCCGAUGGCUGGGCUGGGGCUCCCGAAGUGCGAGCCAGACGCCGCGGUGGGCGGAGACUGCAGGGAGAAGGCCCGGAAUGCCACGCUGGAGUUCCUGCUGCUCGGGGGCCGGCUGCUCGACACGGCGCUGGCCUACGAGAACCACCGCGCGGUCGGCGCGGCCAUCCGGGAGGCCGUCGACAGGCACGGGGUGAGGCGCGAGGACCUCCGGUGGGCCGCGGGGAUCCGCCCCUCGGCGGCGCGCGGGGGCUGAGUGGGGUGGGACUCGAGUGUCGUGGGCCCUCCAGGCACAGCUAGAUGCACCACAUGCCGCUGCUCGGACCUCUCCCGGGGUGCGCUCUUGCCAAAAUUUCUCGGCGCACCCAGCGGCAGCGACGAGGGCCCCCCGGGCGCCGCAAAAGAAGAGGGGAGACGGGGGAAGGGCAGCGGUACGAGUGCCUUCUCCUUCUCCGACUCCGAAGACACAAAGAUGUGCCACACACACAUCGAGCAGUCCAUCCGAGCCACUGGGGGGGGCGCACUCCGUCUGACACCGGCGCGGCAGCCGCGUCCCUGACAGGGUGGCCCGGGGCCUCGCCUUUGGGCAGCGCUCCGUCGACCAUCUCAUCGAAAAGGGCCGGGAGGAGGGAGACCGCGGGAAGGCGAUCGCAUGGCACCUCUCCUAACUGCUCGG